AUGGCCAUCCUCAAGUCGAAACAGAAGGCCGGCCAUGCGGCUGGCAUCUUUUCAGACAUGACUCUCGAUGGGCCUGAAAUUGGAACACUGGUUGCUGUGGUCGACCGAGCAAAGAACCUGCCUAACCGGAAAGCAAUGGGCAAGCAAGAUCCUUACUGUGCCAUGAGACUUGCAAAAGAAGCGAAGAAGACAGGUACUGAUCGGCGAGGUGGACAAACUCCUAAAUGGGAUCAAGAGCUGCGUUUCAAUGUCCACGACUCUCCAGAUUACUACAAACUGAAAUGCUCCAUAUUUAACGACGACAAGAAGACGGAACUUAUCGGUGAAGCUUGGAUCGAUCUCUACGAUGUCAUUAAGCUAGGAGGCGGACAGAGUGAUCUUUGGCACCAGUUGAAUUUCAAGGGCAAAUAUGCUGGCGAUAUCAGAGUGGAGCUUACAUUCUACGACACAAGAGAACAGCCGCAAGAGAGAAGGAGGCGAGAGAGACUACUAUCGAUGCUCGAUGAGGUUAGCUCGGAGCCUUCUCUGCCCGCACAACGAUCUUUGGGACCCCGAGAGAUAAAGCGGAGGCCUUUGCCCUCGAGUCCUGCUGGCUCGGCAGCCCUUCAAUCGCAAUCUGUUUAUGCCGAUACCACCAUUGCCCAACCUCCACCAAGCCUCCCAACAGACGAGCGGCACCAGCAAGCACAUGCUCCUCCCCUCCCACCAGCUGAAGACGAAUCACUGAGGUACUCGUCCUAUCAACAACCUCAAGAUCUGCAUCACUAUCAGCCCGCACCUUCCACAGCCUCACAUCAAGCAGCUGAGCCACUGCGUCACUAUCGAGGUCAAUCUCCUUCGUAUACAGAACCACAGCAGAUCCGACAAAGCUCCUCUGCCCAAGACUCUGCAGACGUCUCGCCUGAUGCCUACAGUGCAUAUAGCACUGUUUCGAAUGACUUUUCAACUCAAAGUCACCACUACGCACCAAGAGAUAUGAGUUACGGUCCAGAAUACCCUGAUGAGCAGGAACUUUGGCAUCACCAAAGACCUCAAUCAAUUCAUACACAUUCAGAGCCUAUUGCUGUCCAACAGAUUACGCCAGAUCAUCGACCGACGGCGACUUCGACCAACUCAGAUGGGCAGAUUGUUCAGUACCAUCACCACCGACAAUCCGAGAGCAAUAGUUAUGCAACGCCAUCAUACAUCGAGAGCCCUCUCAAACAGUCGAUGAGCCAGCACGAACUUCACCUACAAGUUAUGCACGCAGAUGCGCCUCCACCACUCCCUCCCAAGCACAGAGACACCCCUCCACGACGUCAACGAGACGAAUGUCCACCUUCCGCUUAUAUUCCUGAACCACUCCGCAUCGGCGCCAAGCGCUCCUCAUUAAGCAAUAGAAGUCCGUUACAAUCGUUGGAAGACGAUUGUGGAAUCCCAAGACAAACCACUAACCAAGUUUGUACACCACCUUCUCAACGACAUACAGUGUAUAUGCAGACCCCAAGCCAAGCACAUGCUACACUGGAAGGAGUCUCACACCAUUCUGGUCGGAGAAGCACGUACACUGAGCAGGCGCAGAGCUCGGAGACCCAGCUGCCAUGGCACAUAGCGACCACGCACAGUAGACGGCAAUCGUACGAUGUUCGUCAUUCGAGUUUUGAUCAGCAGCUUACUGAAGAGUCACAGCACAUGACACCUCAGGGUUACCACUCAGGUUAUGAAGAAGACUAUCAACCUACUGUUGAAGACGCUCCUCCAAGUCCAGGAUUGCGGCCCAUUGUUACACGCAAAGCUGUUGGUGCAAAACCUCAUCGGCUCAAUGGUGUGCCCUUCAAUCCCGAUUCUUACGAUGUUCUCAACCCUGGGUCGAGCCCUGUCACGAACGAGAACACUGCUUUUGAAACACCUGAGCAGGCAAAGGAAGCCCAGAGAUUGCGGGAAGUCGAGAAGCUGCGUGAUCUUGGGCCAAUAAUUGGUAAUGACGGUCGCGAGAUCGAUCCAUCUGAUCAUUUGCCUGCGGAUACAUGGGCGCCUGAACCUGAGAGGAAGCAGAGGAAACCAGAGCAUGUUAUUCACAUUCGAUCCAAAAACGACUCGAAUCGACCAGUCGGCGCGAGACCUUCGCCUAUAGUCAUUCGCAGUCGUGGAGGCACUGCACCUUCGCUUCACAGUAGUCCAGCUGAACUGCCGCGACUGAUGUCGCAACCAGACAGUCCUUCUUCAGCGCUCACUACUCCUAGCAGCCUCGUUGGAGGUCGAAACCGACAUCAGAAGAUUCAGCCUCCUCAUGUGCGACCUCUACCAAAUCAGCCAUACGUCUCCACCUCUGCGGCUGCGGUAUCUUCCCCAGCCAUGGUAAAUCCUCCACAGCGUCCUGACGAUGGUGGAACCGAGCACCAGCAAAGUCCUUUACAACCUCGACAACCUUCAUACGAUAAUCGGGUCCCAGCUCACUUGACCAGGCCAUCCUUGUCUGAGUAUCAAGUACCAGUCGCUAACUCACGUAGGGGCUCGUAUAACCCUCACCACAACGGUGUCAAAGUCAUUGACUAUAAGCCAUAUGACUCGACACCAACCAAACAACCGCCACAAUCAUACCAUGGCAACUACUCUGCUCCCACAGUUGAGGAUGUCCAUAGACAAUCUUAUGACAAGAGACAAAACUCGUACAAACAAAAUACAUACGACGACCGAAACGACUACAGCUACGAGAACCACAUCGAAGCACAACGGCCUCAACAAGGAUAUCAGCAGCACCAGGCGCAUCGUGAUGACUCAUUCGCGGCAGAAAUGAGCUUGAUCAAUAUUCCAAGUCGAGAUAAUUAUCACCAAGGGAGUAUGGGGAGAAGUAUGGUCCGAAGGUGGUAG